AUGUCCAUUAUUAUUGGUGCCUCACGAGUAAAUGAUAAGAAAAGACAAAUAAUAUCUUAUCUACGGUUAACCAGGAUCUCAAAUUUAUCAAUUCCCAUAAAAAUCCAGAUUAAAAUGUUUAUGAAUCAAGUAUCAGAUUUUGAAUCCACAGAAAUAACAGCAUACGGAUUUUUUAGUAUUAAUUUGAAUCUAGUUAUAUCAAUCAUAAUAUUACUUAUUUCUGGAAUAAUAACAUUGAUACAAAUGAAAGAACACCCAAUUAUUUUGCAGACAGUUAAUUCUACAGUGCAUUUCUAUCAAAAAUUGAAUAUGUCGAUUUAG